AUGGGUGGCGGGAUUUUUAAAUGCUGCAAGGAUGCAGUUGGGUUCGAGGUGAUAGAUUCCGAUGGCGAAGAAGACCCCUACGCAAGGGACAUCAUCAUACUGAGGAACAUGAUGAAUGGGGCCCCGUCCAUAUUUCUGGCCGUGACAAUCAGCUACCCUGAUGGCAAGGUCAGGGCCGUUGUUCCAGAAGGACAAAGUUUAGAUAGCACGUGCAUCAAGGACAUUGUGAAUUUUUUCAAGGGUAAAACAGGGGGUUUGGCGGAAAGGUUCGUCAAUUUGGGCCCUGGACUACCAAGAGAGAAAACAAAGCUGUUGGUUCAGAUUUUGUAUAAAUUCGCUUUAUUCUUUACAGGAGGGUGUGGGUAUGGAAAUGUCUCAGAGAGUUUAGGGGGCAUGGCAAACACCGCUCUGGCCUUACCAAAAAUUAUUGUUGGGGCCAGUGACGGUUGUGACGAUAUAUGGUACAUUCAAUUUGAUAUCACAAAGUUUUGA